AUGUCGUUGGUUCAGGCGGCAUACAACGAGAACCCAGACCAGGACUUUACCAGCAUGAUGACCCCCAUUGAGGACACGACAGCAGUGUGGUCGGCUAUGCGUGCUGGUCUCAAGGAAGCCGAGCGCGACCUUGGUUACGAUUCAAUGAUCCUAUUUCACCCCACGAAUAGCUGGAUCGUCAAACCCGAGGUGACGCCACUGCCGUACGGCCACGCUAUGCUACCAAACGAGGAAGAUCGCGUAUCGGUUGACUGGUCACGCUCUACUAGAUCCGACGUAUUCACUCCGAUAGGCGGCUGGGACUCCACAAAGAACUACGAGAAUAUCGUCGAGAUGCGUGACAAGUUCACUGGUCCUGUACUCGAUUUGGAGAACCACUACGAGGGAGCUCACAUUAACUUUAACGCAGAGAAACCGAUGCGGAAUGCUUCUCAUAUCCGCACUGGGCUGUCCCACGCGGUUUACAAUGGUGCCACGGGAUUCGCAUACGGUGCUCAGAGCGUGUGGCAACUGUACGAACCGAAAUCAAACCUGCUGGAAGAGAGUCUCUUUUACAAUCCUUUACUUAACCAGAAUGAAUCGGGAUCGUGGCGCGAGGACAUUUACUUUGAAGGUGGCAUGCAAGCUCAGUACGUCACGAAGCUUCUCCGCAACCUCUCCACCGCAAACCUGGAGCAGCUAGAACCAGCACGUGAAAUCCUCGCCAGUCCUAGCAACCACACCGGUAAGUCGGUCAACACGUUUGAGGGCACCAGGUACAUCUCGAUUCUAACUUCAAAGGCACGGGACCACUACUUCGUGUAUACUGGCCACGGUGACUCGUUCAGUCUGCAGCUAGACAAUGGAUCGGGAAGUCGUUCGGGCAGCGCGACGUGGUUCUCACCACGCGAUGGUCAGUAUUACGCGAGCUUUACUGUGAGCGUUCCGGAGGGUGGCAAUGAUACCCGAGUGGACUUCACCCCACCGACGACCGGUAGCAUCGACAAUGACUGGCUUCUAGUGCUGGAGUUUUAG